AAUGCUGCUUUUCUAUUUCAGUGACUUUCUGCUCCUACAGACCAGAGGGUUCAGCCCCACAGCAUGAUAGCGCCCCCUCCGUGCCUGAUGGUUGGUGCAGGGCAUGGAUUGGACGUGUGCCGCCUGCUCGGGGUUUCUCCACCAUACUGACGUGGUUUAAGGUAUAAAAUCAGCAUCAAACGUUUGGUGGCCUCGUGGCGACCUGCCAUUAACUGACUAACUGAUCAGUUUAGCCGCGUUUGGGAGGCUGCUCACAUGACGCCAUCAGGCAGGUGGUCCCAGACUCACAGGCUUCCAGACAUCUGCUGGCUAGAAAAUCUACUCUAGAAGUUUGAGGAUGUUCUGGAUCAUGGAGGAUCCGUCUUUCUGCUGAAGGAUGGAGUCGCCUGAGGAGGACUGCGUGUCCCCAGAGUCCACCGUGACGUCCCUGCUGUCCAGCUCUGGGCGCCUGAGGAGCAGCCUGCAGCCGCCUGAGCUCAGCAGAACCUUCCAAUAUGGAGAGCAGAUCUACGAUUCCGCCUCUGCGGCGCUGGAAGCCUACAUCGCAGAUUUUGAUGGCAGCUGCCAAAGGUGCCGGACGGUAACUGGACCCCUGGUUCUGGCCACGCCGAGGAAACCCAGAGCGGUCCGGCCCAGAAACAGGGACGUCCUCAGGGAGCGUCUGACGGAACGGGAGCUGGACUUCCUGAACCUCCCCGUCAGCUCGCCCCGUCAUCGCCAGAACCGAGACCGGGUCUCCAUGACGACAGACGAGCUGCUGGCCAUCCCGUUCGACGGCUCCAUGCCCAUCACCCACACCUCUGCCUUCAUGCAAGGUCUGCUGUCCCGCUCAGGAACGUCCCAAAUGUUCCACCCCUCCACCCAAGCUCAGCUCAGCAGCAGCCGUGUCGCCCCGAAGCCCCUGGACCGGACCCUGGACCAGAACUGUCCCCCUGCCGGUAGCUCCAGGCACAGAGGAGAACCGGAGUCGGACCCGUCGGUGGACAGAGGUUCUUCUCCUCUGACAGCUGCAGAUCUCCACCUCCCCCACUGGUUGACCAGCAACAAGGCCCACAUGGACGGUUCUGAGAUCAGCAGCCUGCCGGACCUGCAGUACCCGGCCUGGGUGCGGCACUGCAGCGUCAGCGACCCGGAGCUGCGGGACCAGCCAGAUGUUCCAGGAGGUGAAGAUCCAGGCUGGACGGAGGCUGAGGAACCACAGGCUGGACCCAGACAGGUCGGAGGUGAGGAGACGCUCCGGGCUCUGAGGCUCCAGCUGGCCCAGCAGAUUUCUGCCAUGGCUGCAGGAGGGACGGGUUCUGACGAGCCGGCGGCUUGGUUCAGAGGUAGAACCGGGUCGCUGGCUCUGCUGCCCGGUAACAGGAUGGAGGCGCUGAUCCAAAAGGCCGAUCAGGUGCUGGACUCGCUGAGUUCUGGAGGAGCAGAACGUUCUGCAGGUCAAGCAGCGUCUGUCGGCACGGAUGACCUGCCGCUCUCCUGGUCUCGGCGCCAUCGGCCCGAUCAGAACUUUCCCGCUCUAACCCGGCCAUGUCGGACCUUCACAGCAGCAGCUGAGCUGGAGGCUGGUCAGAACCACCAGGAUACCAAGAUCCUCGGACACGGAAACAGCAGCUGGAAGCAGCCUGGACCACUGGAGGCUAUGAAACAGCUGCUGUUCAGGUUGGAGGCUGUGGAGGCGGAGCUUCAGAGGCGGCCAGUCGGCAUCGACUGUCUAAAGACGCCAGAGAAAGAGGCAGUCGAAGGUGAAGCAGAUCUGCAGAGUUUUCCAGGCAGUCCGUCCCUGCAGAGAGCUCUGCAUCACCUGAAGCGUCUGAAGCUGCUGGUGGAAGAACCUGGACAGGAACGCAGACGGAGGGAUGAGGAGAAGGAUGAAGAUGAAGGACGUUACUCCUCCUCCACUGAACGGCUGCUGAGCAGGAUGGGUGCAGCUCCUGAUGAGACGGGGAAGGAGCUGGAACAGCAGCUCACACAGGAGGAGAAACAUCUGGAGAAGAACGGUUUUAGUUUCAGGAUUGUGAAGACAGACUGAGGACAGAAGAGCAGGACAAGUCCUGGUGAAGGUUCUAGAACAUCUAAAGGUUUAUUCUAAUAAAUAAGAAGGUUUCAGAACAUCUGGAGGUUUAUUCUAAUAAAUAAGAAGGUUCCAGAA